AUGCUUCCCCACACGCUUGUGCUGGAGCACGUUUGCCCAGCCACGAGGCUUCUGGAGAAGAGGAGGCAAAUGUUUGAAGUGCAGGAAGCGCUGGAGUCCCAUAAGCAGGAGUUCAACCGAAAGGAAGAAGUCUUCAAACGACGGGAAGAAGGCCUGAAGCGCAAGGACCUCGAGCUUCAGGAGUCGCUCAUCCGCUUCAGCAAAUUCCUUCAAGAGAACGACUCGAAGAGGUCCAGGGCUGAGCGCAAAGCCGCCGACGAGAGGAAGUCUCGCCUCCAGAAGGAGCAAGAGAUCGAGGUGCGGCAAGAGAACGUGGAGGAGCUGCGCGGCGAGAGGGAAAAGAUUCACGAAGUCCUGGAGAGCAACAUGCGGUACCAGCACUACCUCGAGACCGUCCUGGAAGUCGUGGACGAGUACCAGGAGGUCCCCGAACUGCUGAUGAGGUACGCCACACUGAAGGUGACGAACCACGACCUGGCGGAGCACCAGAGGCAAUGCGAGAAGGCCGCUGAGAAGACAAGGGCAGAGCUGCAGACGUACAUGCAGCAGAAGACAGACGAAAUCCUGAACCUCAACAACCGCGUGUCCAACCUGAAGAAGGAGCUGGAGAGCUACGAGGGCGAGGCGCUCGCGCACGAGACACGCAAGGACUACAGCCUGCAGGUGGCGUCCCAGAAGACGUUGGAAUACGGCCAAGUCAUCAUGUCGUCGGACAAUAUCUUCAACCGCUGCCGCCAGUGCUCCAGCAUUGCGCACGCGCCGGAGGCCAACCCCCUGGAGCAGCUGGAGGUCAUCAGCAAUUACGUGUCGGAUCUGGGUGCCAUCAUUAGGCAGCACGGUGUGGAGCAGGCGCGAAAGGGACAGAAGAGUCAUGACUAA